GUCAUAAGUUGCUUGAUUAGAAUCAUGAUUUUUUGGUGGAAAAAAGAAGCUAUUAUACCAAUUAUGAAUAUGAUUGCAAAGGACUGGAUAAUGUUAAAAAGUAAUCAAGAGAGGAACAUGAUGAUCCGAAGAGCACAGAAUGCACGUAUAAUUAUUAUCUGUUCCUAUUGUAUAAUGGCAUUAGCGUGUUUCUUCGUCGCAGUGUUACCUAUUUUUGGAAUGUCAGUAAGACUAACACCUAAUAUUACUGACCCAGGAAGAAUACCAAUGCCUUUACAAACCCAUUACAUUUACGAUAUAACAAAAAGGCCUCAAUAUGAAUUAACAUUAAUGGGUCAAGUCAUCUAUGUAGCUAUCGCUAUGAUGAUCUAUAGUGCAGUUCGUUAUUUGUAA